GGACGCUGUGUUUUAUUUCAGGCCAGCAGUGAAUGGUUCCCAUGAUUGCUCGCUCACUCUCCCUGUAACUUGGACUCAGUCAUGUCAAACAACAGCGCCACCAGCAGCAGCCUGGCCCUUGCCCAGAAGGCAGUGAAGCAGCUUCGUCUCGAGGCCAGUGUCCGUCGGAUAAAGGUUUCACAGGCUGCUGCAGAGCUGAAGACCUUCUGUUUGCAAAAUGCCCACAAAGACCCCCUCCUCACCGGGGUGCCCUCCAGUGAUAACCCAUUCAGGCCUCCCAAGUCAUGUGUCCUCCUCUGAGGGCUGAGAAGGAGUGCGAAAGACUAAGAUUUCGGUCAUGUGCCUCUGAAGAUAAAGAAGCCAAGAUAUCUCUCUCUCUCUCUCUCUCUCUCUCUCUCUCUCUCUCUCUCUCUCUCUCU